AUGACAGAUAUUAAGGAGUUUAAUGAUUUAGAUGAUGAUGACAUGAAUAAUUGCUCGGUUGAUGAGAGAUAUGAGUUGCCUCAGCAUAAUGAUCAGCAGAUUGAGCAAAAUAAGCCUAAAAUUAGGAUGAAGUUUAAUGAGAUUGAUGAAUUGUUUGAGUUCUACAAAGACUAUGCAAAGAGCAGUGGAUUUCCAAUUAAGAAACUAUCAAGAAGGAAGAAUGAAAUCUGCAUUGUUAGAAGUAUAACUUUAGCGUGUGGUCGAGCUGGCAAACAUAAUAGUACUUGUCAAAAUUCCUUAAAACCACAAGCAAGCUACAGAAUUGGGUGUAAUGCAAAGAUAGCAGCUAAGUUAAAUCUGGACGAAAUAUGGGAAAUAAUUGUUGUUCUGGAGCAUAACCAUGGCCUUAGCCCUAGUAAAGGUCAUUUCUUUCAUUGCAAUCGAAGAAUUAGUGCACAUGUUAGACAUCAAAUUAAUCUGAAUGAUCAAGCCGGAAUCAAAAUGAACAAAAGUUUUGACUCACUGGUACAUGAGGCUGGUGGAUAUGAGAAUCUGUUGUGUGAUGAAAAGGCUUGCAGGAACUUGGUGGAUGAAUCAAGGCGUUUACGUCUCGGCGAAGGUGAUGCUUCAGCGGUUAUGAAAUAUUUUUCAAGGAUGGUUGCAGAAAAUUCAGGUUUUUAUUUUGAUAUUGAAUUGGAUGAUGAGGAUCAUUUGAAAAAUAUAUUUUGGGCAGAUGGUAGGAGCAGAGAAGCUUACAAAGAGUUUGGUGAGGUCGUCACUUUUAAUACCACAUACUUAACAAAUAAGUAUAAUAUGCUAUUUGCACCAUUUGUUGGCGUUAACCAUCAUGGGCAAUCAAUUUUACUUAGAUGUGGGUUGAUUUCAAAAGAAGACACACAGACUUUCAUAUGGUAUUUACGAAGUUGGUUGAAUGCAUGGAAGGAUGUGCUCCGCAAGGGAUAA